AUGGAAGAGUACGGGUACCUAUUCAAAAUCAUUCUUGUUGGAGGUACAGGCGUCGGAAAAACUAGUCUUGUACAGCGAUAUACACAGGGUAUCUUUCAAGAAAACACACUUGCCACUGUCGGAGUUGAUUUUAGAGUCAAAUCAGUGUACGUGGAUAAUGAUAACGUUAAGCUACAAAUCUGGGACCCCUCUGGUCAAGAGCGUUUCCGCUCGAUAGUUCACUUAUACUAUCGUAAUGCACAAGCCGUGGUAUUUGUAUACGAUUUGACACAUCAGCGUACAUUCGACAGGUUGCCAGAUUGGAUGGAUGAGAUUGAAAGGCACUGCAGUGGAAGAGUUUUGAAAAUUUUGGUAGGAAACAAAACUGACAAGAUACAUGAACGUGAAGUUCCAAUGAUUGCUGCUCGAGAUUUCGCCGUAGCCAACCAUUUCGAUUACUUCGUAGAGACCUCAGCGUUGGAUGCUACGAAUGUGGAUCUUCUCUUCAAGCAAGUGGCUCGACAGUUGCGAGAUGGCCUGAAGACGCCGUUUUUCAGAUUCUGGAACGGAGAAAAUGGAAAGAAUGAUUCUGCUAGCAAAGUGAAUCUUCUACAAAAGGCUCGCAUCACUAUCUGCAGAAUUUGUCGAUUAUGA